AUGGCACACUUCACAAACAUGAAAGGGAUUCAAGAUCUCAAGGAACCUGUCAAGGAACAAAAAUCUGUUAGGUUCAACUUACCAGAGAAGGAGUUUGAAGCUAGUGAUGAUGGUUUUGAUGAAUAUGAGGACAGUUUAGAUGACUAUGAUGAUGAAGAGGAAGAUGAAGAUGAAGUAAUAGGCCAUGGGCAUGGGUAUGGGCAUGGCAAUCCAAUGCAUCAUAAGAUGAUGCCAAAGAUGGGAGAUGGAGGUGGGCCUCAUGGGCCUGCUGGUGUAAUGAAUGGGCCUGCCAUUAAUAAUGGCCAUAAAGACAAUGCUGGUGGGAGUAGGAACAAUAAUGGAAGUGAUAAGAAAGGUGGUGACAUUGAUCAAGCAAUGCUAAUCAAGGUCAAAGGUGGGAAUUACAAUGAAGCCAAAGUUGAUGAUAAUGAAGGGAAGAAAAGUAGCCAAAAAGGUAAAAAGAAGAAGAAAGAUGAGAUUAAAAAAAAGGAUGGUGGAUUGCUAGGUAGGUUUCUAAGCUUUGGGGGAAAGAGCAAAAAGGUUGGAUUAGAAGAAGUAACUUAUACCAGUAGCAAGAACCAAAGCAAUGAAAGUGGAAAUAAGAAAAACAAGGAAGGAAAAAUGAAGGACCAUAGCAAUGGUAAAAAUGAUUUUGAUUUUCUUGAUUAUGACAAGACUCCUCUUCUUCAUAAAAAUGGCAAAGUAGGUCAGAUGGAUCCAAGCCAAAAAGGGUAUCAGGCAUUGCAGGGUGAUGCAAUGGGACAUCAAGGAAUGCAGAUGCAGCAUGUUCCAUAUAAUAACCUUCUGCAGCAGCAAUACAUGGCUAUGAUGAUGAACCAACCACAACAUCAGCAUCAACAUCAUUAUCAACAUGAAACAAAUAUGAACAACAUGUAUCCAACAAACAUGAUGUAUGGUAGGCCACAUCCGUCUAUGAACUACAUGGCACCACCUCCUAUGCCAUCUCACCCAAUGGCUGAUCCUAUUACUCAUACUUUCAGUGAUGAGAAUGUUGAGAGCUGCAGAAUCAUGUAG